AAUGAGCGGAGAAGUUGCCGCAAUGGACGAAAGUGCAGCGAGUGCAGAAAACCAUGAGCCAGAAAACGACUCAAUGGAAAAACUACAAGUCGAUGAGGAAGGCGAAGACGAAAAGAACAUUUCGAACGAAGACUUGUUAGGUGGCAAAAGUCUGCUGAUGUCGGACGAUAGCGAUGGAGACGAGGUCACAGGCACUGCGUUCAGUAAGAAAAUAUCACCCAGGACUAAAAGUCGACGGCUGUUGGACAGCGAUGAGGAACAGGACGCAGAAACAGCAAAAACAACAGCACAAGUGGAUGCUAAAUCAGAGCCUGAGGCUGACCAAAACAUCGACGUAACACCAGUUAAAGUCAAAAAGAAGAACAAGAUUUCUGCAAUUAUUGACACAGACAGCGAGGAAGAAGAGCAGGCAAAUGCCGGAGCAGGCGAGGAAUCAGAUGCAUCGAACACACCAAAAAAGCAAAAGAAGAAAAAGCUUUCAAGGAAAAAGAAACAAAUUGUGGACAGUGAUAAGAGCGACGAGGAAACUGCAGUGCAGAGAAAACUUAAGGGCCUUAUAGACUCGGACUCCGAGCAGAGCCAUGCCGAAAACUCAGGCAAUGAAAUGGAGCAGGAAGAUGUAAAUGUCGAGUCUAUGGCAACGGACAAACCCCACAAAGCCAAGCCCAUGAGGGCCUCUGCCAAGAAGGCACUGGAUGAGAUGCAGGUCAUACAGAGCGAGCAGCAGCGUCUGCAUCGCGAGGCACACAUCAGUGUGCCUUAUCAUCAGCCCAAGCCGCGCACGCUGAAGGAAUUCCUCAGUCGUCGGACUGUAAACAGACCAAUGGCCACUGCUCUGGCUGGUGGCAGUCCCAUGCCAGCCAAAGAGCCACGACAAUCGAUACGCCUGCGCAUGAAUAGCGAGGAGUUGCAAGCAUAUGCAAAGCUGAUGGAAGAACGUGCCAAAGAAGCAGCAGAAUUUUUCAAAUCUGAAUCCGAGAACGAGCAGGAUACAAAUGAUAGUGAUGACGAGGAUGUUGAUGGAGAAACAGCACCAUUGGAACUAAAAGAUAAUGCAGCUGUAUUUGAUGAUUUGCCGGCUAUCCAAGACAAUGAUAUUGGAAAUAUAGAACAGGAAAAUCCAAAAGAAAUAAAGGCUUUAAAGGCAAAAGCACUCGAUGUAGAUCCUACAGUACAGGGUCUUGAAUCAAUAACUGAACAUAUUGAAAUACCAAUUGAGCAAACAACCGAACCGGCACCGGAGAUGGUUUCUCCCAAAAUACCGAUGCUCGUUACAGAAAUUGUUGAGCUUCCAAGACUAGAUUUGAGCACGCUAAGCAUAACGCCACCCUCCAAACCCGCCACACCGCGCAUUACCGAAGCCUUACGACGACUAAAGGAGGAGAAGAGCGCUGAUAUAAGUCCAUCGCUCAAGGGUGAUCCCAAUAUGGUCAUAGAUUUAGAAACUGGCGAUAUGUUUGCCAAGAAACCAACCGGCGUUGACGACUUACUGCUGCGUCUGAUGAAGACACGCGAAGCUAAAAAGCACAAAGCCACCGAAACCGUAAACAUUCUCUCCACCGAUCAUGGUAAAUUGGAGGUAUCAAAAGUCAACAUACAUCUGCACGAAGAGGAACCUGUGGCCAAGGAGCAAAAACCAGGGGCCGCCUACAUAAAAUUGCAACAAGAGCUUAAAUCGCUCAUCACCAAAAAGCGCUUGGAGGAGUUGCGCAAAAAGAAAGCUGAGAAAUUGGAGGACGAAAUGGAAGAGGAAGGCAUGGACAUAGACGAGGAAUAUGAGCCAGAGGAAAAGCCAAGCCAAGUCAAAUGCUAUGAUGAAGACGAAAAUGAGGUCACCAUAAACGAAGAGGAGGAAAUUUUGGAGGACAAAGAAGGUGAUGCUAUAAAAGAUGAUGAUGAAGAAGAAGUAGAGACAGCAGUUGAAGCUGUAGAAGACGCUGAAAGCGAGCAGGACAGCGGAGCAGACCAAGAAACCGAAUCAGACGACGAAAGUGAGGCUGACGAGCAGACAAGCACGGAGAAAACUAAACGUAAAAAUCGCAUAAUACGCGCCUUCCAAGACGACGAUGAUGACAUAGAUUUGCUGCAGACACCCAAGACAGGAACCAUUGCUCCAAUCACGGCCACUCAGCUACAGUUAUCGGCCCACAAAUUGUUUGAUGAGGAGGUGCAACGGACAGCCAGCGAUGAAGAGAAUGAAUUGCUCGAUCUCUGUUCCGGAAAAUUCACGCAAACCCAGAAACCAGGUGCCGAAACGAAUGCCAUCAUCAGUCAAAUACCGAUUACACAGCCUAAGGAAGGUGGUGAGAUGACCGAAGAAUUGGAGGCCCUCUGCUCUGGCAGCUUUCAAACACAACCUAAGCAACCUCCCCUGCCUAUCAAUAAAAUACUAUCCAGCGAUGAGGAACAGCAAUUGGAAAAGGAGAAGCCACGCAACAAAAAGUUGACUAAGAAGCGAAAGAAAAGAAAAGCGCUGGGUUUCUCCGAUGACGAGGAGAGUUUGGAUGAAGAAGAUGAUGAUGUCGUUGAUGGUGAAGAAGAAGAUGCCGACGAACAAGCUGAGGAAGUGCCUGAAACAUUUGUUGACUACGAUUCGGAGGAGAAUGAAAUUGUUGUAGAAAUGACCAAAAAGGAUCGCAAAUUACGUGCUGCGAAUUUUCUGGAGAAAGAAGCUGAACUCUCUGAGUCGGAAUGGGGUUCGGCAGACGAAGAUGAGCAGAAUUUGGAUAAAUACGAUAUCGAACUUGGAGAUGAGGAUCAGUUCGAUCGCGAGCAACUGCGUAGCGAACUAGAACAGAUACAUGCCCGCAAAAUGCUUGAUCAGGAUAUACGCGAGGUACGCAAAAUAAAGGAGAUGCUCUUCGAAGAUGAGGAAGCGGGUGUACGUCAGCGACAAUUUCGGUGGAAAAAUUCUGAAAGCGGUUUCAGUUUGGAAGAUCAACGCAAUGAAAAUGCUGGCGAGCCAAACGAAGGCAGUGGCGACGAGGAGAAUGAGCAUCUGUGGCGCAAAAUACGCUACGAACGUGAACAAUUGUUGCUGGAGAAGGGCCUAAAGGGGGAGGCAUCUCCAAACAGCCUGCCACUUUCACCGGCUGUGGCCAAUAAUAGCACUCUGGGCGCUGUGCGAAAACUUAACAUAAUUACGGCUAAGAAAUCAUCGGUUGAGGUAAAGAAGAGCUCACCCUUUUUGAUCUCAAAGACUGUCACCACAAUGCAGCAACAACAAAAAACCGUGCGCGGCUCGUUUCUGGUGCGCGACAAGGAAACGCUCAACAAAUUGGCGGGCAUGACAAAGGGCGCUGGUGACGCUGGAGAUGGAACAGCAGGAACUGUGUCCGUAAAAAGCGCCAAGGCCAAGAACUUUGUAUUUGCCACACUCACAGAGGAGGAGCAUGAGCAUCAAAAAAGAAAAGCAGCAGAUUUGCUGAACAGUAGCAAUGAGACCGGCAUUAAUUUUAUGAAAAAACCUCGCUUGGAACCGCGACGGGAUAAGUGCCUUAUCGAUCAGUUGCUUUAGGGACUUAUUAUACAUACAAUGUUACACAUUUUAAUAUUCAUUUAGGAUUAAAUAGGUUUUUAUUUUUUAAGUUAAACGCUAGCUAAAUCAAUCUUAUCGGGAACAAUUUUAAACAUUGUUGUUCUUGUUAUUGUAAAGAGAUUUAAUUAAUAAAUAUUUUUUAAAACAA